GUGCGCCUUGCCAUCCAGAACUCUGGCAGGCCGUGAGUGGGUGGGUGAUGGUCCCGGCCUGGAAGGAUAUCCACGGUCCAACGCAAGUCAAGCCCGUCACGAGCAUAGAGCCCAGUGGACCAUGUCCGUCAUUGCUGCAUUCCUCUGGCACUUGUUCCCCUUUUUUUUUCUCCGACUAAGUAGGUGCGCCGUUCCCCGUUGUAGAAACCGGGUGCGUCCAUUUGUCCAUUUGUCUCAGGGCCGCUCACAGUCGAGACAAGUAAUUGAGGCGCUGUAAUUGGCCGUCCUCCCUCCGAACCCUCGUUGUGGAAUCUGUGGCCCGCUCCCCCUCCCUUCAACCCCAGAUC